AUGGACCGGUUGGACCAACUGGCCUGUUGGUCCUAUGGACCGGUUGGACCAACUGGCCUGUUGGUCCUAUGGACCGGUCAGACCAACUGGCCUGUUGGCCGAAUGGACCGGUUGGACCAACUGGCAUGUUGGUCCUAUGGACCGGUUGGACCAACUGGCAUGUUGGUCCUAUGGACCGUUGGACCAACUGACGUGUUGGUCCUAUGGACCGGUUGGACCAACUGGCCUCUUGGUCCUAUUGACCGGUUGGACCAACUGGCCUGUUGGCCAAAUGGACCGGUUAGACCAACUGGCCAGUUGGUCCUAUGGACCGGUUGGACCAACUGGCCUGUUGGUCCUGUGGACCGGUUGGACAACUGGCCUGUUGGUCCUAUGGACCGGUUGGACCAACUGGCCUGUUGGCCGAAUGGACCGGUUAGACCAACUGGCCAGUUGGUCCUAUGGACCGGUUGGACCAACUGGCCUGUUGGUCCUGUGGACCGGUUGGACAACUGGCCUGUUGGUCCUAUGGACCGGUUGGACCAACUGGCCUGUUGGCCGAAUGUACCGUUUGGACAAACUGGCAUGUUGGUCCUAUGGACCGGUUGGACCAACUGGCCUGUUGGCCAAAUGGACCGGUUAGACCAACUGGCCUGUUGGUCCUAUGGACCGGUUGGACCAACUUGCAUGUUGGUCCUAUGGACCGAUAGAACCAACUGGCCUGUUGGUCCUAUGGACCGGUUGGACCAACCGACCUGUUGGCCGAAUGGACCAGUUGGACCAACUGGCAUGUUUGUCCUAUGGACCGGUUCGACCAACUGGCCUGUUGGCCGAAUGGACCGGUUGGACCAACUGGCCGGUUGGUCCUAUGGACCGGUUGGACCAACUGGCCUAUUGGUCCUAUGGACCCGUUGGACCAACUGGCCUGUUGGCCGAAUGGACGGGUUGGACCAACUGGCCAGUUGGUCCUAUGGACCGGUUGGACCAACUGGCCUGUUGGUCCUAUGGACCGGUUGGACCAACUGGCCUGUUGGCCGAAUGGACCGGUUGGACCAACUGGCCGGUUGGUCCUAUGGACCGGUUGGACCAACUGGCAUGUUGGUCCUAUGGACCGGUUGGACCAACUGGCCUGUUGGCCGAAUGGACCGGUUGGACCAACUGGCCAGUUGGUCCUAUGGAUCGGUUGGACCAACUGGCCUGUUGGUCCUAUGGACCGGUUGGACCAACUGGCCUGUUGGCCGAAUGGACCGGUUGGACCAACUGGCAUGUUGGUCCUAUGGACCGGUUGGACCAACUGGCCUGUUUGUCCUAUAG